AACUUUGGAUGACACGUGUCAUUCAGAUACGGCGCGCCUGUAAAUAUCCGCAAAGAACGAAAGUAAAACCAAAAGUAACGACGCCGUUUAAUCAUUUGGUCCAGCUACCAUUGGCGCGUGGAGUUUCUCGAGCCCGUGAUCUCACGCGCGAGAAAGGGCAAUUUUUGUGUACAAAAGAAAAAAAGGAAAGAAAAGAACUGAAAAAAGGAAACACAGACAGAGCAAAGUGGUUAGACAGAGACAGAGGCUUCUUCUCUUUUCAGCUUCGGGGUGCCGAAGAAGACGCGGCGGAGGAUCAACGGUGAAACAUUACACAGUGACAGAUUCCUCUCUCUCUCUCUCUCUGAGGGAGUGACAAAUCGGUCAUUUCGAUGCCGGGCUUCCGCCGCUGCUUACCUUCCGGCGGGGGCUCUGCCACCUGCGGCGUUGCUACGGAGAUUCGCCGUGUCCGAUACUUUUCAUCGAGGAAUGGCUUUGUUCCCCUUGAUUAUCCUUAGUCCGCUACAUAACGAGCCGGAAAAUUUAUUUUGGAUGAUUUGAUUUGGUAGAUUUAAGUUUGAGAUUAGAUGAAAUCAUGAAAGCGUUACGGCGAAGCCACACCUCCACUUCGUCUGGGAAUCCGACGUUUUCGGCUUCUUCCUCUUCUUCUUGGACCCAUCUCCGAUCGGUUCUUUUCGUAGCGAACCCUUCAUCCCAAUAUUCGACCCCUUCGUCCGAUCGGAGUCGGCGGAAAUCUCCGUGGUCUCGCCGGAAAAGGAAACCGGCACUCACGCCGCAACAGUGGAAGAGUUUGUUCACGCCGGAGGGCAAAUUCCGUGAUGGCGGGGUUGGAUUCCUGAAGAAAGUCAGAAGCAGAGGUGUUGAUUCCAGCAUCCGACCAGAAGUGUGGUUGUUCCUACUCGGAGUGUAUGACUUGAACAGCUCCGGUGAAGAAAGAGAGGUGGUAAGAACCGAGAAAAGGAAGGAGUAUGAGAAACUGCAGAGACAGUGCCGGAUGCUUCUGACCUGCUGCAAUGGAAGUAAUCAAAAUGGUUGCAAUGGAAAUUCAUCUGAUGUUGGUGAUGAUCGGUGCUGCCCCGAAGAAGCUACCGAGUCUCCUUUCGGAGAGAUCAACAGCCAUAACAUCGGAUUCGUGGAUGAACCCGAACCCGAACCCUGGAAAGAUAUCUCUGCAGCGAAUUCCGAGUCAUCUGAUUCAGACUCCAGUGAAGACCCCGAAGAUGUUUUGCGAUUCCCGUCGUUUAUGUUUAGCGACGAGAGAAACCGAGAGAAAAGUCCCGAAAUCCGAUCAGAGGUCGAGGUGCAUGAAGAUUUCUCUACAUGGCAGCGUAUCAUCCGCCUUGAUGCACUGCGAGCUGAUUCUGAAUGGGCGACCUAUUCCCCAAAAGCUUCUGCAGUUACAGAAAGCAGAGCACGGCGUUCUGCUGAAUCCGUCGGGUUAAAAGACUAUGACCACCUAGAGCCCUGCAGGCUCUUCCACGCCGCCCGGCUCGUCGCCAUUCUCGAAGCAUAUGCUCUAUAUGAUCCCGAGAUCGGAUACUGCCAGGGGAUGAGCGACCUGCUUUCCCCGAUCAUGGCCGUGAUCACGGAUGAUCACGAGGCUUUCUGGUGCUUCGUGGGUUUCAUGAAGAAGGCUCGCCAUAAUUUCAGGCUCGACGAAGCAGGUAUCCAAAGACAGCUAAACCUCGUAUCGAGAAUAAUCAAAUGCAAGGACUCGCAGCUUUACAAGCACUUGGAAAAUCUCCAAGCCGAAGAUUGCAGCUUCGUUUACAGGAUGGUAUUGGUGAUGUUUAGGAGGGAACUCACAUUUGAACAGACCCUCUGCCUCUGGGAAGUGAUGUGGGCGGAUCAAGCCGCCAUUAGAGCCGGUGUUGGCGGAAAAUCUCCGUGGAGCAGAAUCCGGCAACAGGCACCGCCCACCGAUGAUCUGUUGCUCUACGCUAUAGCGGCAUUAGUACUGCGUAGGAAACUGAUCAUACAGAAAUACAACAGUAUGGAUGAGAUCGUGGAGGAAUGUAACAGCAUGGCCGGACAUCUCGAUGUGUGGAAGCUUCUAGAUGACGCUCAUCACCUCGUUGUGAUCCUCCACGACAAGAUCGGAUCAUAAAGUUUGAUGCUUUACUGGUUCCGAUCGACCUCUAAAGCCCUAUUAGACAGGGUUUAAGGUUAAUCUCUACCUGUUCUAACCAAACAAGCACACUCUCUGCUCGACUUGUCUGCUUUAACAGGGCAUGCUCUUUUGUUUCUCUUUAUUUUUCCUUCUAUAACACAGAGAACACAAAACUAUGUCACUGUAAACCAGAUGACGAUAGAACAGACAUUCCUCUUGAAUGUUGAGGAUUACUCUGAAUCAUUGUCUUCUCCACAAUACCAUCUUGCAUGGACCAUAUUUAUAUUGAACAAAGCCAAUCCUAUGUUUACCA